CUUGGACUUGAAUUCUUUAAAACAUGGCUUUGUUCUAAUUUGUAUUUUGCUCCCAAUGGCUGUUUCUUCUUGGUCUCCUAUCUUGUCCCCAAUCCUCGUGUCACCUUCGUUUUCUGCGCAUCGAAACCCUAAUUCCCAUUUCAGUAUUCCAAGAACCCGACCUUUGGUUGUGGUGGCUUCGUCGUCCGAAGAUGAUAUUUCUUACCGGAAACCCACCAAACUGGUUACCUUUUUGGGUAAAGGCGGAUCUGGCAAGACCACCACUGCCGUAUUUGCUGCUCAGCAUUAUGCUAUGGCUGGUCUUAGUACAUGCUUAGUGAUACAUUCCCAAGACCCUACCGCUGAAUAUCUUCUAAAUUGUAAGAUCGGAACUACUCCUGUCACAUGUGGCAAGAACCUCUCAGCUGUUAGGUUGGAAACCACUAAAAUGAUUCUUGAACCUCUCUAUCGGAUGAAGCAAGCAGAUGCCCGUCUUAAUAUGACCCAAGGAAUUCUUGAAGGGGUGGUGGGAGAAGAGCUUGGGGUCCUUCCUGGGAUGGAUCCUAUAUUUUCAGUAUAUAUGCUCGAGAAGCUUGUAGGACUCUUUGGGAUUGUGGGUAAAAGAAAUCAUCAAAAAGAUAAAUUUGACAUAAUAGUAUAUGAUGGUAUUAGCUCUGAGGAAACUUUACGGAUAAUAGGUGCCCCCAGUAGAGCAAGACUUUACUUGAAAUAUUGGCGGAGUGUGGCCGAGAAGACGGAUAUUGGGAGGUUGGCUGGUCCUUCACUUUUGAGACUUGUCAGAGAAGCCCUGAAUUUAAGCAGUGGUGGGUCCCAUAUCAAUGGGAAAAUGAGUGCAGAAAUAUGGGACACUGUGGAACGAGCUCUGGAGAGAGGAUCUUCUGCAUUUUUAGUACCACAGAAGUUUGGCUGCUACCUUGUGAUGGACGCCAACAAUCCAGCCUCUGUGAGUUCUGCUUUACGCCAUUGGGGUUGUGCCAUCCAAGCUGGUGCACAUGUUUCUGGUGCAUUUUGUGUCACUCCUUCACAUUCUUCGGUAGAAUUGGCUAGAAUAGUUGAGGACCUUUCACCAUUGCCGUUUGCUUUGCUUCCAUAUCUCUCAUCGAGUUAUCCCCUGGAUUGGAAUUCAAUAGUUACAAAUGUUCUCAGCAAAGAUGCAAGAGACCUUCUUUCUGUACCAGGAAGUCAAAGCAGCAGUCAUAUGCCAUACAUUCAGUUUGAUCGGGUCAAAAAAUCUGUAACUCUUCUCUUGCCGGGUUUUGACAAGUCAGAUAUAAAGCUAUAUCAAUAUAGAGGUGGAUCCGAAUUGCUGGUGGAAGCAGGGGACCAAAGACGCGUUAUUCGUCUACCUCUUGAAGUUCAAGGAAAGGUGGGAGGUGCUAAGUUUAUAGAUAGAAGUCUUGUUAUCACAAUGCGAUAGUGUACUUCAUUGCAGCUGCAGUCUUGUGUGGCUUGUGUGUAAAGAGGUAUGAGAGAGAGAGCAUCACAUAUUGUGUUGAGCUGUAAUGCACCAUGUUAACAAUUUGUAUUCCAGUAGGCCAUGCUAUGCACAAUGCUAAUGGCUCGCUCCCUACAUGUUGCCAUAAGGUAUGCUACACAUUUUGCUAGCC